GACACUAUUAAAAAUAAUUAUAACGAUACGACAUUUAAUAUCAUGCAGAUAGUAACGUAAUAGUAGAUUUUAUUGCGCAUGUGAAAAUUUUGUACAGUAUUUAGCAAAAUUGAUAUGCAUUUACUAUGUCUAUGGUCGUCUUACUUUCCCAGAUCUAUUGAACCCGCCAUUUAAUAUAUUUCUAACCGAAUAUUUCGGCAAAGAAACUAUAAAAAGUAUAGAACACUAAAUUAAAAUAUUUAAAGGGAAGGCGUCGGAAAAAAAUAUUUAUAAAAUGUCAUCACGUUACAGAGAAUGGGAUCUCUCUUGCAAAGUUUAUGUUGGUAAUUUAGGUAGUAGCGCAAGCAAGCAUGAAAUUGAAAGUGCAUUCAGUAAAUAUGGACCUUUACGGAAUGUUUGGGUUGCUCGAAAUCCCCCAGGAUUUGCGUUUGUUGAAUUUGAAGAUCCUAGAGAUGCUGAAGAUGCUGUAAGGGGACUUGAUGGAACUCAUUGCUGUGGAACUAGAGUUAGAGUGGAAAUGUCAUCAGGUAGAAGUCGUCGUGGUGGAGGAGGACGUAGACGUGCUUCAAGAUAUUCAAGAUCCCGAUCACGCAGUCCUCGCAAGAAAUCAAUAGGCCGAUAUGGAAGAUCACGUUCACGCAGCCCACGCAGGAGAUCAUUAACACGCAGUCGCAGUCGAGAUCGUCGUUCUCGUUCAGACUCACGUGAUAGACGGUAUUAAAUCUCAAUAAUACCAGAGAUCGCAAAUUGGACACACAAAUUAGAAAUAUUUUGCCCUUAGACUUCACGCGAUAACGUAAAAUUUUUCGAUUUAUACAAAUUUCUGUUAUAAACGUGUGACCAACUUCCUAAUAUUUAUAUUUUCAGCGUCGAAGAUAUUUACUAAUAAUAUCUGAUUUUUAUACAUUUUUCAAGAGCGCCCAGAAAAAGAAAAAGUUUUGAUAACUUAAUGUAAACAAUUAAAUUUCGAAAGAAACUUCGAUGCUAUUAUUAUGCACAUUUUUCUUUGUUUAUUUUAUUCAUAAAUAUGUAUGUAUGUGUGCAUUAUUCAUAUACAUAAAAAUAUUGUUCAAAAUGAAUAUUACAUGUGAAUUAUGUUUUAAAAAGUACGAAUGGAUACAGGAAAUUGGAAAAAUCAUAACGAAAAAGCAAAAUAGAAUUGUAUAUACAUAAUUCAAGAGAGAAAGCGCUCAUUUUACCUUCGAUACAAUUUUGCACAGUUUAUUUAAAAAUCAGACAUUAACAGAACUAAUAUAAUCGAAUACGUAUAGAAGUAAAUGUCAACAAUAUUAUUUGUGUUUAUUGAUUAUCAAAUACACGACUUGAAUAAUGGCAUUUAAAAAAAGGGAAUAUUUUAUGCAAUUAAAUAGUUUUUCAUUUAUUUAUAA